CAGACUAAAAAAAAAAACAUGCUAGUAUGUUUGUACACUGCCGCUUCGGAGAACAUCCUGAAAUUACGUACUUCCGGAUCCCUCCCUAAUUCAUCCUCACUAUCCUCCUAUCCGCGGUAUCCUCCCUACCCCUAUAUGUAUAAUAUAACCCUCUCUCCCUGCUCGAGUAGUCUUCUACUCGUUUUCCCGUUACACUCUUCUCUGUCCUCUCUUUCACUCAACAUCAACUCCAAAGAGCGCCUCUUCUCCAUAUUAUACCACUGAGUCUGAGUAGAGCCAACCAAACCAUUCUGUCACCAUUACACUCUUGCAAUACGAGCGAUAUUUGCAAUACGAGCCUCUUUACAACUUAUAUAUACAUAUAAUAGGCGAGAAACGCGGUUCGCAUUUAGUAACAGUCAGUCGACUUUGGAUAGUCGAUUGUAAGUGUUCGUCAUUGUCUGUGACCGGAUGCGUUUAAUUGGAGCCAAUAACUGAUAAAUAAAAAUAUAAAAGUGGAUUUGAAGUUAAGAUAGUGGAUAGAAGUGAUUCGAGGAUUUUUUGGAGAUCGAUCAUCAACACCUGAUCAAGGCCAUCGGAUGCGAUCGAAAGCGAGUUGGAAUAGUGGGAAGCAGUUGCGGGUGCAGCGCCUUAAAUUUUUACCGCGACCAGCUCGCGGAAUACAUCAUCCAAGCUGGCUGCCUCGGCUGGUAACCCCGCCUCCGCGCAUCCUCCUGUGCUCUGGAGCUCGCGCAGAAAACCAGGAUUGUACUUACGGACGAUUGGCGAACCGAGGAUGACGGCAGAAACUGCAGCUCCGUGUGUUCAAAGUGUGCAAAGUGUACCCAGUGGCGUUAUGGUAGAUGAGACAAGUGGAAUAGAUCAGCAAAAUCAUCAUCAGCAGCAGCAUCAUCAUCAAAAAUCUCUUAUAAACAAUGUCAGUAGUAACAAUACAUCGCCGACAAAUCGGCCAGUAUUAUCACCUGGCUUUCCAAACUCGUCAUCAAAUCCCCCGGAAUAUAAUCCGGAAUACGCGAGUAUGGAAUCCUGGCUUGAUGAACAUCCGGACUUUGUUAAUGAUUAUUUUCUCAGAAAAGUGACACGGCAGACUGUCGACGCGUGGUUAGUAAUGCACGCAACGCCAACAGCAUCAUCAGCAAGUUGCAUGAUGGACGGCAUGAUGAGCGGUCAGAAUCACUGCUCACAAAAUUCAAACGCUUGUAAUAAUGCCGGUAGCACUACUGUUACGUCACCGGGUGGUGGAUCAGGUGCUACAACACCGGUUCGCAAAAUAUCAGCACACGAAUUUGAACGUGGUGGAUUACUUAAACCGAUUGUCAAUACUAUUGACGGCACGCCGACAUUCCUAAGCAUCGCGCCUGAAGAUUCCGGACAGACCGGUGCUGGGCAACAGAGUGGCGGAACUAGUGGUGCUGUUAGGCCUCAACGAAAGUCCAGAAAUGAAUUACGGCAACUUGAUGAAAGAGAUCUUAUAUUUGAGUUGGUCAAGGAUAUAUGUAAUGAACUGGACGUGCGAUCGCUGUGUCAUAAAAUCCUUCAGAAUGUCAGCAUGCUGUUGCAUGCAGACCGCGGAUCUUUGUUUUUGGUCCAGGGCGAGCGAAAGUGCGCCGCUGACAGCAACUUACGUUCCGAUAACUUCAAUCCUCUCAUCAGUGGGAGUUUCAAUAACAACAAUAAUAACAGCACCAGUAAAAAUAAUAAUAACAACAAUAAUAAUAACAAUAAAAAUAAAAUUCCUGGUAAGAGUAAGAGCUCCGAUGAAUCAGUGAGCGAUAAUUUAAGUCCUCCAAAAUUAACACGCCCGAGAAGCAGGUGUCUCGUAUCGAAGCUCUUUGAUGUUUGCUCGAGAUCAACACUCGUCGAAAUGGAGAAAAAUGACGAGAUUAAAAUUCCUUGGGGCACUGGGAUCGUUGGAUUUGUUGCGGAGAGCGGCGAACCUGUUAAUAUUCCUGAUGCAUACAUGGAUGAUAGAUUUAAUCGCGAAAUAGAUGUGUUGACUGGGUACAGAACAAAAGCACUUUUGUGCAUGCCGAUAAAGGAUUGUAGCGGUGAUGUAAUAGGUGUUGCGCAAGUUAUAAAUAAAUUGGGCGGAGAAGCACAAUUUACGGUACAAGAUGAAAAAAUAUUCGCCAGUUAUCUUCAAUUUUGCGGGAUUGGCUUGAAGAAUGCACAACUGUAUGAGAAAAGUCAGUUAGAGGUCAAGAGAAACCAGGUAUUAUUGGAUUUAGCUCGCAUGAUCUUUGAAGAGCAGAGCACAAUAGAGCAUAUGGUAUUUAGAAUUUUAACCCACACACAGUCUCUCAUUCAAUGCCAACGUGUACAGGUACUUUUAGUACAUAAAGCGUCAAAAGGAAGUUUUUCUCGGGUAUUUGAUUUUGAAGCAAAUGAUCUCACUGGCGAUGAUACGGAUUCUCGAACUAGUCCGUUCGAGAGUAGAUUUCCUAUAAACAUUGGUAUCACCGGGUAUGUUGCGACCACCGGUGAGACAGUAAAUAUUGCAAAUGCGUACGAAGAUUCGCGAUUCGACCCUUCAGUGGACGAUGGUACUGGAUUCCGUCACAGGACAAUUCUUUGCAUGCCGAUAAAGAAUUCAUCCGGUCAAAUAAUUGGAGUUAUUCAGCUAGUAAAUAAAUUCGAUGAUCUUUUAUUUACUAAAAAUGAUGAGAAUUUCGUGGAAGCUUUUGCUAUUUUUUGUGGAAUGGGAAUUCAUAACACACAUAUGUAUGAAACAGCAAUCACUGCAAUGGCAAAGCAAAGUGUUACACUAGAAGUUCUAAGUUAUCACGCGUCCGCCUCAAUAGAAGAUGCACAAAGAUUGAAGAGCUUAAGGGUGCCAUCCUCGGCAUACUUUCACCUCCAUGAUUUCAAGUUCGAUGACAUACUAAUGGAGGACGAUGAUACUCUCACGGCGUGCUUAAGAAUGUUCCUCGACCUAGACUUUGUUGAACGGUUCCACAUUGACUACGAUGUACUUUGCCGUUGGUUAUUAAGUGUCAAAAAAAAUUAUCGUAAUGUUACUUAUCACAAUUGGCGACACGCCUUCAACGUUGCGCAGAUGAUGUUUGCGAUUCUAACGGCGACGCAGUGGUGGAAGAUAUUCGGAGAAAUCGAGUGCUUGGCUCUUAUAAUUGCCUGUCUGUGUCAUGACCUUGAUCAUAGAGGCACCAACAAUUCAUUUCAAAUCAAAGCCUCGUCACCGUUGGCACAACUUUACUCUACCUCGACAAUGGAACACCACCACUUUGAUCAGUGUCUGAUGAUCCUCAGCAGUCUUGGCAAUCAGAUCCUGUCAAAUGUGUCACCCGAUGAGUAUUCACGGAUUGUUAAAGUCCUCGAAGACGCAAUUCUUUCUACAGAUUUGGCAGUAUACUUUCGCAAACGAGGUGCAUUUUUCAGCAUCGCACGCGGACAAACCUACAACUGGGCGUUGACCGAGCACCGUGAGCUACUGCGCGGGAUGCUGAUGACUGUCUGUGAUCUCGCGGCAAUAACAAAGCCAUGGGAAAUAGAAAAACGCGUCGCAGAACUAGUCAGCAGUGAAUUCUUCGAGCAAGGGGACAUUGAGCGACGAACACUCAACAUCACUCCAAUCGAUAUCAUGAAUCGUGAGAAGGAGGAUCAGUUACCGUUGAUGCAAGUCGGUUUUAUUGAUUCCAUAUGUCUUCCUAUUUACGAGGCAUUUGCAUUGCUUUCUGACAAACUAAAUCCUCUGAUGGAAGGAGUAACGGAAAAUAAAAAAAAAUGGCUCGAGUUAGCUGAAAGUACAUGCACAUCCGGGAAUUGUACUAACCACGAUAGGACGUCGAUAGAUCAACCAGAUAAACAAGACGACAAACACGAAAAUAUUGUCGUUGAAUAAUUUUAUUUAUCUUUUAUAAUAAUAGUCGCUAACUACCGCUGAGUAUUCCUACUGAAAAAAUCACAUCGAGUCUUUGAUUUAACAAACAGCAAAAAAAAAGUAUAUAAAAUAAUAAUUAUUAUUAUUUUAUUAUUUAACAGUUACAUCAAAUUAUCAGAACGCUACCGCUGUACCUGAUUGCAUUUACACGGUUAUUUAAAUUAAAAUAUUCAAUUUAUGAGUUUGGUGCUUUAUUUUUAUUGGAUAUAUAAUUUAAAUCUUGAGGAAAGAUUUUACUUUAAUUCAAACCGUCAUAUAAUUAUGUAAAAUCUUUAACAUUCAAUUUUAUUAAUUAAUGUCUCAAACUACCACUUAAUGGUGAUUACAUUACGAUUACAACCGCUUUUUAUGGAUUGAAUUGUAAUAAGAGCAAAAAAAAAAAAAAACUGCAUUGAAACUCAUUAUAAAUAGACAAAGAAUUGUAUGAAAGAAAAAAAAAUAGAACGGCAUCAUUAGAGGCGGAAAUAACAUGAACAAAAAAUAAAAAAAAAAUAAUGAGGAAUAUGCGGGAAGAAGCGAUUAUAUUUUUUAUUUAAUUCGCUUGUCCGGUUGAAUAGUUAUAAUAUUGAACAAAUAAUAAAUGAAAUCGAUAAAGAUAAAUAUUAAGCGAUAAGAAACAAAAUCAGUCACAGAUCGCAGCCCCAAAGACGAUAUAUUAUUACAAUAAAUUUAUCAAUCUGUUUAUUAUCUCAGUAAUAGGCGUCCUGCGAUCUCUAACGGCGCAAACGUUCUUCUAUUUCAUUAUUAUUUUUUUUACUCCAUACCAAAGUAAACAAACAAUGAACUAUUAUUUUUUUAUCUACCAAAUCCCAAUAAGUCGAAAGAAAGUUAUGAGCACAUUAUUAUGUCUAGUUAGUCACACAUUAUUUAUAGAA